AUGGUCGGAGACGCCAAGUAUGCUGAGAAGGUGUGUGCUGGGGCAGACACUGCCAAGCGGGGCUCGCAGCAGGGGCAGCCGGAGGUGCACAAAAGUUUGUUCCUCUCUGCAGAGUAUGAAGCUGCAAUGGACAGAAGGUUUGGGCUGGAACCAGGGACUGUCUUUCGGGGACUCAAAAAGGACCCCAUGGACUUUGAGUGGAGCUACUGGAUUGAAUGGGGAAGGGAACGUAUACUGUGGCUUCUGGCUGGUCACCUGCUGGUAUCGCAAGUGUCCAGGCUCUUGGCGGAGAAGUAUAAACCAUGGUGCUUAAUGGUUUAUGGAAUGGCUGCCUGCUGGUUGUUACUGGGAAUCAAGGGCUUUGCUGUCAUUUUGUUACAUGCAACUAUUUCAUUUGCUGUGGCUCAGUUUCAGCUGUCACUCCUGACAUGGUUGUGCUCCCUUAUCCUGCUAUCCACUUUACGCAUACCAGCUGUGGAAGAAGCUAAGAGAAAGUGGUACGACACAGAAAACGAGUAUUAUCUGCUGCUCUUCACAGUGUCUGUCCGCUGUCUCUUCUGCACUAGCUUCAGCUUGGAGUACUGCUGGCAUGGACCUGCCCAGAAGUCAUCCCACUCGUUCCUGUGGAUGCUGGCAUACGUGUUUUAUUAUCCCACGUUCCACAAUGGACCGCUUUUGAAUUUUGAUGAAUUCAGUAAGCAGAUGAGGAGACAAGAAGCCUUCAAUUUGAAGACCAAUCUCAGCAUCUUAAUCAUGGGCGUAAUUCGUGUUUUCUUUUGGUGGUGUCUGGCUGAGCUGAUGAUUCACCUCAUGUAUAUCCAUGCUCUCUACAGCAGUGCUGCACCUCUGGAAGCUGCAUCAUACUGGGCCUUGGGUGGCCUGGCUUUAGCUCAAGUACUAUUUUUUUAUGUGAUUGAUGGACUCAAACCUCCAGCUCUGCCUUGCUGUGUCAGCCUGAUGCAUAGUUUCACUAAAAUGUGGAGAAGUUUUGACGUUGGGCUACAUCGCUUUCUGGUCAGGUACAUUUAUGUUCCGAUGGGAGGAUCUCAGUCCAGUCUCCUGGGAAUGUUGUUUUCCACAGCCCUCACUUUUGCCUUUGUAAGCUAUUGGCAUGGAGGGCAAAGUUACCUGUGGUACUGGGGCGCACUUAAUUGGCUUGGAGUAAUUGUGGAAAAUGGCGUCAAGAGGAUACUUUCUAUGUCACUUAUUCAAGGCUUAAUUGAACGUUUCUUCUCACCAAGAAUUCGUCGUCGACUUCAUGCUGUUCUAGCAUCUGUUAGCACUUCGAUGUUGAUUUUAUCAAAUCUAAUAUUUCUUGGAGGAAAUCACGUUGGAAAAAUCUACUGGAACAGGAUCUUUAUGGAAGGCUGGCCAUGGGCGACACUGACUGUUCUCGGGUUCCUGUACUGCUACGCUCACGUUGGAAUUGAAUGGGAGCAAACGUACGCUGUGAAUUAG